AUGCUAAAGUUUCUAGUUUUUUGCUCAUUUUUUGGCACAAUUUAUGGAAAAACGAAAUGUGUUAUGGUGAUUGGGAAAUUAAAGUGUCCAGAGUUACCGGAACUCGCGAGAAAUGUGCAAAUUGAUUUGUAUGAUGAGGAUGGUGAGUUAGUGGAAGUUUCUAGGCUUAGGGCGAAGCCUGACGCGUUUUUAGAAGCUUGGAAAUUUGCUGACGUGUUUCUAGGAGCUUAGAUGCUUGCUGACGCUUUUCCAGAAGCUUUGGGAUUUUGCUGACGUAUUUCUAGGAGCUCAGAUGUUUGCUGACGCAUUUAUAGGAGCUUGGGAAUUUGCUGACGCUUUUCUAGGAGCUCAGAUGUUUGCUGACGCAUUUAUAGGAGCUUGGGAAUUUGCUGACGCUUUUCUAGAUGUCAGGCAGCUAGAGAGUUAGAUACGCGUAGACACCAGACAGCUAGAGGGUUAGAGACGCAGAGAAACUGGCCGCUAAAGCGGAAGAUAGUGCCGCUGACGCGGAAGCUUGCGGUUUACACUCGCUUCGCUCGAAAAAAGUUCCAACUGGGGGUCGAACCAUAGAGUGUGAACCUGAAAGACGGGAAGCUAACCGGCUACACCGAACCUGCAUCAUUUUUUUGGGUUUGGAUGAAAAUUUAAUUUUUUUGUGGGAAAAAAAUUACUGUUUCAAAAUUAUCAUCAAAACUUGCUGACGCUUUUCUAGGAGCUUAGAAUUUCGCUGACGCAUUUCUAGAAGCUCAGAUGUUUGCUGACGCAUUUCUAGGAGCUCAGAUGUUUGCUGAGGCUUUUCUAAUCAAAUUUUUUCCAGCCCUGCCCCUCGAAUCCGACGAUCUAAUGGGUCGAACCUGGUCCGAUUCCCUGGGAAACUUCAAAGUCACCGGUUGCGGCUCGGAUUUCGGGCCAAUCAAUACACCAGACCCCUAUCUAUACAUCCAACACUCUUGCCCACAUCGUUUCUCAAAUCAAACACAUCCGAUUCAAGUGGAUGUUCUGCCCAUAUUUUUGCCAAAAAUUGUGAAUUUGGGAAAUAUUUAUUUGGAUCGAUAUUUGGAGGAUUGA